AUGUCUGGCAUAAACAAGACCGGUCUGGAAAUCAGAGAGUUCUUUUUAGUUGGUUUUCCACAGUUCCAGGACCAGGGGAGCAGGAACACCCUCUUCGCUGUCUUGCUGACUGUCUACCUCCUCAUCCUCCUGGGGAACCUGCUUAUAGUGCUUAUAUUUAUACUAGAUGAAAGCCUGCACACCCCCAUGUACAUGUUGAUUUGUAGCCUGGCCAUUUUAGACAUUGUCAUCCCCUCGGUCACCAUGCCUAGAAUGUUAGCCCUUUUCCUGUUUGAUUCUCGGCUCAUCUCCUUUGCAGGUUGUUUCACCCAGAUGGUGUUCUUUCUCGGCCUGGGCACAGCAGAAAGCUUUCUCCUCAUGCUCAUGGCUUAUGACAGAUAUAUGGCCAUCUGCAACCCUCUCCAUUACCCAACUAUAAUGAGCAACAGUUUCGUCCUGAAACUAAUAUUGUGCUGUUGGCUGGGUGGCUUGCUCUCUCCAAUGAUCUCCCUCACCCUUGCUCUCAGGCUGCUGUUCUGCGGAGCCAAUGAGGUGGUCCACUGCUUCUGUGACUUUUCUGCUGUGCUCAGGCUGGCCUGUGCUGACACUGCACUCAACAGCUAUGUGGCUCUUGCUACAGCUUUGUCUGUGCUGUUAAUUCCCUUGUUUUUCAUCCUGUUCUCUUAUGUGAGGAUCAUCAGGUCCGUGCUGCAGGUUGCCGGAUCUGAGGGCCAACGCAAGGCCUUCUCCACCUGUGCCACUCACCUGCUGGUCAUCUCUGUCUUCUUUCUGACCGCUACUGGUGUGUACAUCUCCUACCGAGUCCCGGGCGUCUCCUCAGACAUGCGGAUCCUGGCGGCCGUGGUGCAGAAUGCUCUGCCACCCCUGAUGAACCCAGUCAUUUACUGCCUGAAGAACAAAGAGAUCAGGAACAGCCUGCUGAAAACACUGAGGAAGACAAAAAUAUUACCAGGCGCACUUUGA